AUGUCUUUUAAUCCUUUCCCCAUACCCGCCAAUGACUGUAUUCCAACCAUGGCGUCUGCUGAGCAAACAGAGCUGUAUGAAUCACAAUUUACCGGCGUACUUUGUGGAUAUCUGAAUAAUCAAACAAUUGGUGAUCUUUUAAAGAUUUAUUCCUUCUCAAACAAGCAAAUCCCAAUUGGUAAAAUCAGCUUUUUAGGUAGUUUCUUUCAGAAAAUCACAGCCAAAAACAUUAGUCUGGAUGUCGUAAUCUUAUGCAGAGACUUGGAAAGCCAAAACUACCUUCUUACAAUUCUCCAAGCAAUCAGCCUCAAUUGUGGUCAUCUGACCUCCUACACUGACAGAAGAGAAACAUACGGCGUCAUAGUCAAGAUCCGUAAAGCAAACAAACCAGUCACCCCCAUCAAACAAGCAACCCUUGUGGAUCUAGUCUUGGUGUACGAUUCUGCCGUAUGUGUCCAAAAUCGCGUCUUGAAGCAAUUUAAAGGUAUCGACUAUGAGCGCCCUCUCAUUGCUUAUAUUACUACCGUCGAUUCUGCUGAUAUUCGAUGCUACCAUAAUCCCACCGCGCACAAGCAGUACAGCUGGAUCACAAAGUAUAAAAACGUUCAGGACGCUCAAAAAAUUUUUCAUCAGGGCAAUCGUCGUGCAGAACGCCAGCAUUUCUUUGCUUGGAAUGACUAUGUAGCUACUGAGGUUGCAGAAUGGGUGGCAUUGAAGCAGAACGUCCCCUACCAAUUCUUCCGACCAGGCAAGAACCACCCGGCACUCAAGGCAUACCGUAGUUGGGGUGGUGGUCAGCCAUUGAGUAAUACUCCCUGCAAACCCAAUACUACACCUGUCCUUGCCAAUGCUCCCAAAGCACCCAAAGCCCCCAAAGCCCCCAAAGCCCCCAAAGCUCCCAGUGCAGCCAACGCUUCCAAUGCUCGUGCUGCUACCGUUAGUCCUGGUGCCGCGACAAAUAGCAAGAAGAAACAAAAGAUGAAGGAGGGAGUGCAACAGAAAGCUGCUGCGCCUUCUUCCUCAUCCAAUGUUGCUGGCUUGCCUGCUGUUGCUUCCAUCAGUGCCGCUCGCUCAGGUCAACCAUCCGUUCAACCCCCCUUUUCGCCAUCAUCAUCACCCACUCCUAUGCAGAUUGAUCCUGUGCCAUCAGUUACUUCUGCCUUUGCUGAUGUAGAAGAUGCUGCAAAUGCUUUGUUAAGUAACGCUGAUAGCACUGAUCAAAUCGCACAAAACCUUGAUUAUGUCUCAUUGACAUCUCUCCGUCAGACUCAGGAUGCUUCUAGUGGUGGAAAGCGCACAAGUGAACAGGUAUCGUCAGUUGAGGUAUCAACCCCCACAAAGAAAACAAAGCUUGACGCCAAUAGUUUCGUGCCAGUCUUUGAUUUCAAUUCUAUACUUGAUGAAGCUAUGCAAAAGUUCGAAGAGCAAAUGAACAGCCUUAAUACUAAGAUCUAA